AAUCACCUCGUACUCGGUCGUACCAUCAGUUACGAAUCACCCUGUGUUUCAUCGAAAUAUAUAUAUACGCAAGAUAUUCGAUUGAAAAAUUAUAAAGUCCUUUUGGUUUAAAACGGCGAUCAUUAUGAGUGGUUCCGGAAAAGGCCUCCUUGGGGUGUGGCUGUACAGAAGAGGUGAACACUGGGCCAUUAAAGAAGGAAGCCCCAUACACAAGCCGAGCGAUAUCCCCAUGGUCGAGCGCAAAUCGAGCAACGAUAAUAAAAACUCCGUCGUCUUCUCUUUGAAAAACCAAGUCGGUGGCUUGGCACGGGCACUACAAGUUUUUCAGGAUCUGGGUGUGAAUGUUAUUCACAUCGAGUCGCGGAAGUCGUUGCGUCGCGGUUCUGAAUUCGAAAUCCUCGUUGACGUGGAAUGCGAUUCGAAAAGAAUGGAACAAUUGACAAGGAUGUUGAGCCGAGAAGUGGCUGCUAUUAAUUUGGCACAGUACGAGCAAACAGGAAAUAUUCCUCACGCUCCAUCACUUUCCGCAGCUCCAAGUUUUGAUUUCAGUGAAGUAGAUAUGCCUUGGUUUCCACGAAAAAUAUCGGAUCUAGAUCAGGCUCAAAACGUGCUUAUGUACGGAUCCGAAUUGGAUGCAGAUCAUCCGGGGAACCGUUUUUCGUGAGUUGCAUCAACUUUAUCAGAAACAUGCUUGCAACGAGUAUUUGGAAAAUUGGCCGAAGCUGGUCAAGUAUUGCGGCUAUAGGAACAACUGGAUUUCAACUUCGACCCGUGGCAGGUUACCUUUCACCAAGAGAUUUUUUGGCCGGCCUUGCUUUUCGCGUAUUCCACUGUACGCAAUACGUUCGACACUCGUCCGAUCCCUUUUACACACCUGAACCAGACUGCUGUCACGAAUUGUUGGGACACAUGCCGCUUCUAGCGAAUCCAAGUUUCGCCCAAUUCUCGCAGGAACUUGGACUUGCUUCGCUCGGAGCUUCGGACGAAGACAUCAAUAAAUUGGCAACUCUCUAUUUCUUCACUGUGGAAUUUGGAUUAUGUAAGCAAGAUGGCAUACUUCGUGUCUACGGCGCUGGUUUAUUGUCUUCCGUCGCUGAACUCAAACAUGCAGUUUCCGUGCCCGAGAAAACGUUCCGAUUUGACCCGGAAAUGACUUGCAAACAGGAAUGCAUCAUCACUGCGUUCCAAAAUGCGUAUUAUUACACGGAUAGCUUUGAAGAGGCGAAAGAAAAAAUGCGAGCUUUUGCAAAUCAAAUACAGCGUCCAUUUGGAUUACGCUAUAAUCCCUAUACACAAUCAGUAGAAGUUCUCACGGAUGCUCAAAAAAUCACGGCAGUGGUCAGUGAACUUAGGGGUGACCUGUGUAUCGUGUCGAAUGCCCUGAGGAAGAUACACGAACAAGACGAUACAGUGGACGUUGAAAGGAUAACUAAUCUUUUAACGCAAGGUAUCGAAUUGCCUCAAGAUACCUCGUCCUCCGACAGCGAUAUUGACAAAAGUCCUAAUGUCGAGGCGCCUGAGAAUUCAAUAAAAAAUCAGAAUGAAAACUAUUCUUGCGACGACAUGAUUAAGUAGAAUUCGUUUUAUAGACAAUUAAGAUUACAUGUUUAUUGUAAAUUGUUUUUAAUUUAUGAACAUUGUUUCUGUGAACGUAGUCUGCAAAUAGAAUUAUAUGUAGAUACAUGAUGAUACAUGAGUUCAAAGUUAUAUAAUAAUAUAUGACGUGUGGAUAAAUAGUUGUUUGUGCUUGUAGAAAAUUACAUUUAAA